GUGACCAAGAUGCGCAUAUGUAGGGGAUGGGGCACGAGUACGCCCGGAUGAAACCACGAGAAUGGAAACGGCAAGACGUCGCUCAAAGAUUGAAGAAUGUGGGCGUGGACAGGGAUGCCGAGAAAUGCGGGAAGAAGUGGGACAAUCUGAUGCAGCAGUUCAAGAAAGUCCAUCAUUUUCAAUCGCUGUCCGGGGGAGAUUACUUCUUCCAGUUGUCGGCGAAGGAGAGGGCGAGCGAGGGCUUCAAUUUCACUAUGGAUCGUGUUGUUUACGACGAGAUAGAGGGGUCGACCGGGAGGAACCAUACCAUCAACCCGAAGAACAUGGCAGACACUGGUGCUUCUGGCGGUGUGCGUCUGCCAUCGACGUCGAACGCGGAUCCUGAAUCGGUGGCUGAUGGGGACGGAGGUGUGGGGCGAGAGGACGACAACAAGGGGUCGACGCGAGGUUCUUCCCAGAUGACAGGUACCCUCGCUGGUUUUGGGAAGAGGAAGAGCAUGAGGCAGCAGACUUUCGAGGCGCUGAUGGAAUGCAUGGAGAAGCACGGGGCGCUAAUGGCGUCGACGAUGGAGAGUGCGAGCAAGCGGCAAUGCUCCAUCCAAGUCCCACAGUGCCAGGAGUUGGAAGCUGAAGUAGAAGUGCAGGGGAAGCACUAUGCUGCGUCGGACGAAGUCAGCAAACUCAUGUGCCACGCGUUGUUGGAAAUAGCGAAGGCUAUUCGUGAGCAGUAGAGUUGCUAGGCUGUGUACUGUGCAUUUGUGGCCUCUCGGAAUGUCGUCGACGAGUCAGUAGCAGACUUCCCCUCUUAGUCGUAUUGGUAGGCAGACUGUCGUGCACGUGGCGGGUCGUCAUUGGUUGUUCCCGGUCGGCGGUGACCCCUUCGGGCGGAUCACUCGCCAUCUGUACAAUUUCGUGUUGUGGCUGUGAAUGUCGUCUAGUGCUCUGGUGCUCGGAGACGGAUAAUCUCGUCAUUGGAAUUUUUUAACGUUCAGUGGAUAAGUGCGGAAAACACUUACCUUUUUUUUGUACUUGAUGUUCUUCGACUGCGUCUUACUCUGUCUCUCUGUCUCUCUGUCUCUCUCUCUCUCUCUCUUGCACACACACACACACACACACACACACACACACACACACACACAACAGAAUGUCUCAGUUUGUCGUCUUGUGGAUUGAACACGGAUUUUGCAAAUGAAUUUGUCGCCUUUGC